AAACUCUGUUUCGUAUUGUGUGAAGUGAAAACAGACACAGAGCAAUGGCAAUAUCUCAUCUUGUCUCUCCAUUACCAUCUCUCGCCUUCUUCCAAACCGGAAACUUAACCGGGCGUUCUUUUUCUCUCCCUCUAAACCCCAACCCCCAAUUCUCAAAAUCUAGACUUUCAAGGGAAAGAGCCGCCACACUCGUCCUCCGAUCCAAGGGAGACGACUCCGUCGACGCAUCAGAUCGGAUAAUCUCAGCCGUCUGUUACUUCUACCCGUUCUUCGAUGGGAUCAAGUACGGUAAAUUCAUCAUCACGCAAUACCAACCAUUCCAGAUCCUCAUCCAACCUCUGUUUCCCGCCAUCAAGGCCUUCAAGAGCUUCCCUUUCAAUGGCUUCCUCAUCUUCAUCGCUCUCUACUUCGUCGUCGUGAGGAACUCUAACUUCAGCAGGUACGUUAGGUUCAACACGAUGCAGGCGAUUGUGCUCGACGUGCUGUUGAUAUUCCCGGAUUUGCUUGAGAGGAGCUUUAAUCCUAGAGAUGGGUUUGGUUUGGAUGUGGUGAUGAGUUUGGACAGCACAGUGUUCCUCUUCUUGCUUGUCUGUUUGAUCUAUGGAUUCUCUGCUUGCUUGUUUGGUCUGACCCCGAGGUUGCCCAUUGUUGCUGAUGCUGCCGAUAGGCAAGUCCUUUGAUUCAUGAAAAACUACAACAAAUAAUAUAUCUGUAUGUACACGUGUGCUGCUGUGACUGCACUUUCUCUGUAUUGGAUCAGUUUAUUGUAAUCAUCAAAACAUAAUGUAACUUUUUGAUCCAUUGAAAAGGGUUUUUGCAAAGA